GACCGCUAAUCCAGGAUGUGAAUGUUUUGUUUAGUCCGUGCAACUGGCAAAGAUGUUUACAAUAAAUAUAUUCUGCAUUUUUAUCCUUAGUUGCAGUGACCAUGAAGAAAACAACUAGAUGAAAGCCGCAGACGUUUAUCUCUCGCGUUGUCUGCACUUUGCAUGAGCAGAGGGGAUUGAAUGGUCACUGAUUGCUGUCCUCGGUUGGGAUUGCGGCUUGGCCUGUCAGUGUACUGCUGUUACAGUCAUGUUUAUUUCAUAAAGAUGGCAACGAGGGACACAUUAUAAACUAAAUGACUGUCAGGAACAUCGCCUCCAUCUGUAAUAUGGGCACCAAUGCCUCUGCUCUGGAGAAAGACAUUGGUCCAGAGCAGUUCCCUAUUAAUGAACACUACUUUGGAUUGGUCAACUUUGGGAACACGUGCUACUGUAACUCAGUGUUGCAGGCUCUGUAUUUCUGCCGGCCGUUCAGGGAGAAUGUGUUGGCUUACAAAGUCCAGCAGAAGAAGAAGGAGAACCUUCUCACCUGUCUGGCCGACCUCUUCCACAGCAUCACCACGCAGAAGAAGAAGGUGGGCGUGAUCCCUCCCAAGAAGUUCAUCUCACGUCUGCGGAAGGAGAAUGACCUGUUUGAUAACUACAUGCAGCAGGAUGCCCACGAGUUCCUGAACUACCUGCUGAACACGGUGGCUGACAUCCUGCAAGAGGAGAAGAAACAGGAAAAACAGAACGGACGACUAAAGAACAACGGCACUGCCAUCGCCACGGACACCGAGCCAGAACAGAACAAGGUCGAGCCCACCUGGGUUCACGAUAUCUUCCAGGGCACGCUGACCAAUGAGACACGCUGUCUCAACUGUGAGACGGUCAGUAGCAAGGAUGAAGACUUUUUGGAUUUGUCUGUAGAUGUUGAGCAGAACACUUCAAUAACACACUGUCUCAGGGGCUUCAGUAAUACAGAGACCCUGUGCAGUGAGUAUAAAUACUACUGUGAGAUGUGCUGUAGCAAACAAGAGGCACAAAAACGGUGA